CUUUAUCUUGAUUCUUUGUUCUUUAGGAUCACAUCCCCAGAGACAAGCUACUAACAUGUCCAAUCAAUAUUACCAUCAAGUACCCAUCAGCUGUCAGAUGUGUAUCAUGUUUAGAGAGAAUUUUUCCAGAAGAAGAAUUUGUACUGAUCAAACCAUGAAACUCUAUCUCCUGUUUCUUUCCGCAUCAUACUAUCUUCUCUUCUGUGAAGGUGCAAACAUGAAAAUCAUCAAUGGAGAUGAAGUUGCCCCCCAUUCCAGACCUUACAUGGCCCUAAUAGAGACUUUGGAAAAUAAUAAAAAAACAUUAUGUUGUGGUAGUCUAAUCAAAUCGGACUGGGUGUUGACUGCAGCCCACUGUAACCUGACAGCAGGACAAACAACAGUGACCCUGGGAGCUCAUUCAAGAAAGCAAAACGAGACAGAAAAGCAAAAGAUAACAGUUGUCAAAGUCUAUGUAUUCAAGUCAUAUAACUCAUCUACAAAACAAAAUGACAUUCAGCUUGUGCAGUUAUCCCAAAAGGCAAGGCUUGGAAAGGCUGUCAACAUCUUGCUAUUACCAAAGACAUUUGAAGACCUUAAAAAAGGGACAGUAUGCAGGAUAGCUGGAUGGGGAAGAACUGAAAGAGAAAAAUUGGCAGACAUGCUAUUGGAAACCAACGUCACAAUACUAGAUAGAGAAAAAUGCAAGAAAGUCUGGAAAAAAAUGUAUGAUAUUACAACAGAUAUGCUCUGCACUAAUGUGGGUGCUAAAGGACAAGACAGUUGCAAGGGAGAUUCGGGAGGUCCUUUAAUCUGUGAUGACGUUUUCCGAGGUUUGAAUUCUUUUGGAUAUAAUCCAUGUGGAACCCCAAAGACCUCCAAUGUAUUCACUCGACUGACCAAAACAUAUAUCUCAUGGAUUCAGGAAACAAUUGGUUACCAAAACAGUGAAGAAUAGAGCAAAAAAAAAUUGUACAAAGCUGGACCUGUUGCCAAUGAUAUUACAUUUUUCAAUCAAUUUAGAGCCAAAAUGCUAGAUAUACUGUAGUUGUUAAGCGCUAAAUUUCUUAGCUUUCUUUUUGUUAGUUUUCAAAGAUGUUGUUAUGUGAGAUUCCUGGUGUCUCAAAAAAGAUGGAAUCUGAUUGGCUCCUGUGGGCAACUACAUUUUUCAGCCAGUUUUCUUAAAUGAUGAGAUUCAUGAGUAAACUGUAUAAAUUAUCUAAAGGCAUCCCAGGUGCAUCACAUCAAAAGUUUGAAGUUUUCCUUUUCUUUAGGAACUGUAAACCAGAGCGUGAGAAGAAAAUCCUGUCCCCUGCCAGCAUACUAGGGAGAAGGACCUUUGUUCUUUGUGUGGAAGCAGUGGUCUCUCUACAUGAGUCUGACACACCUUCUCUGCAAUCUGCAAAUCUUAUGCUCCCUGCUAAUUGGAGAGCUCUAGUUCAGACCUAGAGGAUUCAUUGCUCAGUGAGCAAGUUUCCUUCCCUGCAGCAUGCUGGCAUGACACAGGCUUUUCUACUUACCAUGUGGCUUUUUUCUAAAGAAAAUCAACUUUAAAUCUUGCACACCUUCUGUUCUGAUGCAUCGGGAAUGUAUUUAGCUGAUUAAAUAUGAAGUUCCAUUUUUAUGCAGAUUGUAUUUCAUCCACAAAAGUAAAGUUUAAAAAGCCCAAUGUAUGCUCCAUUAGUCUGGCCAGGGUUUACAUAGGGCCAAGGCCUCUCUUCCGUACCCAUGACUGUGCCUGAGCCUGGUCAUUGGCCAAUCAGGCACCCAGUGCUGCAUUAUUGGAAUUCGCCGCUUCUCUUAAUGUCUGUUACUUUAGCGAAUUCUUUAUCUUCAGUACACCUUUAUUAGUAAUCAUUAAACAAAAAAUAGCAGAAUAUCUUCUAUAUACUGUUUUUGCUGAUAUUAUUCUUUGACUCACUCUUUGCUAUGGAUAAAAGGAUGACAAUACCUUAAUAAAGCAUACAUGUAUUUGAA